AUGAUGUUUGAAGAUUAUACUUGUGGCUCGAGGAUAACGGUGCCGGGAGAGAUCUAUGGACUCUCAGGCUUCUAUGCACUACAAACAUUAUAUCAUUCCUGCAUCGACAUCAUCAAGGCAUCGAUUCUCUUCAUGUACCUUCGGAUUUUUCAUCUGCCUGGCGAAAAGAUCACCAUUGCGUUGUGGGUCACGCAGGUCCUCAACCUCAUGAACGGCAUCAUCUUCAUCUUCGUUGGCCUGUUCCAGUGCAAUCCCCCAGCCCAACCUACGGUUGGAACCUCCUUUUUACACCUACUACGCAGAUAUUCAUAUAGUUCAAUUGAUCUCUUCGUCAACUACGGUUCGAACCAACUACCCUGUAAUAGGGAUACCAACAUGAACAUUGUAUAUCUCGCGCUGGCACACGCAGGGAUAAACAUUGCGCUGGAUGUUUGGAUGCUCAUUCUACCCCUGACCCAAGUUUGGGGCAUGAAUCUGGCUCGCCGCAAGAAGUUUGCGAUCAUGUUCAUGUUCAGUCUCGGUCUAUUUCUCACAGUCGUAAGCUGCAUCCGAAUCAAAGCAAUCUUGGACUUUAGGAAAGAUCCGCUCAACCCUACCGUGGCCAUGAUGCCGAGCGUCAUUUGGACGGACCUUGAGCUUUACGUUGGAAUUUUCACAGCUUGCAUACCGACUCUUCGUCAAUUCUUUGUUCGGUUCAUCCUUCAACAGUCAGAAAAGAAGAAGCGUUUGAGUUCAGCUGCGGCUGAGUAUAGAGGCUCAAUGCUCACGCCCAAGAAGGGCGGGUCGCAGCAAAUGAGCGAGCUCGACACCAUAGACGAGAGCAGCCACCAUAAUUCUCCAUAG